AUGCCAGUGUGCAACGUGUUCACAAACCCCAAAUUCUGGAAGACAUUCUUCCUCGAGAACCAGUACUCUUACGACCAGAUCCCGGACCUGACCGGAAAAAUCGCCAUCGUCACCGGCGCAACCGGCGGACUCGGCUACGCCACUGUCGUCGCCCUUGCCGCCCACGGUGCUCACGUCUUCCUUGCCUGUCGUUCCCGCGAUCGUGCCGAGGCUGCAAUCCAGCAGGCUCAGGCUGACAUCCUGCAGCUCCAGUUCGAUCAUCCCAAUGGGCACUACCCUUCUGCUUCCUCUGCUCCAGCGGCCGAGAAGGGGUUGACAGGCUCGGUAGGACAUUCUCAGCCAUACCCGUUCCAGUCGUCGACUUUCAAUCCGAAACUCGAGUUCCUGGAACUGGAAUUGGGUCAGAUGGACAAGGCCCGUGCCGCAGCCGAGGCCUUCUUGACCAAGGGUCUCCCGCUCCAUAUUUUAGUCUGUAACGGCGGGAUCAAGAACCGUCCCUUUGAGUUGACGCCUGACGGAUACGAAAACCAUUUCGGAAUCAACCAUCUGGGUCACUUUGUCUUCACGACUACACUUCUCGACCGAAUUCGUCAAUCAGGUCCGGCCAGAAUUGUGAUCCUCGCCUCAUUCGCUCACGAGAUGCCCUCCUCCUCCAACCCAAUCUCAUUCGACCUUCUCCGCAACCCGACCACCAACCAAGCGACCUUGAUCCGCUACGGUCAAUCGAAACUCGCUAACGUCCUGUUCGCAAAGGCUCUGACUCGCCGCUUGGCAGGUGACCAGGUCUGGGUCAACAUUGCCCAUCCAGGUUGUACGGAUGCUCAGAUCCAUAUGGCCGUCGAUGAGAUGAAGGACAAUCGAUCGUUCUAUGCGUUCAGUCGGCUGUGGUUGAAGACCAGUUAUCCUGUCAAAGAAGCCGCGUUGACACAGUUGUUUUGUGCGACGGCGGCGGAGGUGGAAGGGAAGGAUUUGAGAGGGAGGUAUUUUAUCCCGGUCGCGAAUGAGAUGAGACCGAAUCCGGUGUCGGAGAAUGUUGCGUUGCAGGAGAAGUUGUGGACGUAUUCGGAGCAGGCUGCUCGUGGUGAGCAUGGUAGUAAGUUUUGA